AUGCUCGCCAGCAAGGGUGAGGGAGCCCUUCACUUUGGUGUGUGUCUCUGGUUGUGCAUGUUCAUGUCUUUCUUUAAAGGCUCUGUGUGCUGUGCUUCUGAGGAGCAACUCUUCCACAAACUAUUCUCUCACUAUAACCAGUUCAUCAGGCCCGUGGAAAAUGUGUCUGAUCCUGUGACAGUGUAUUUUGAAGUGGCCAUCACACAGCUGGCCAAUGUGGAUGAAGUAAACCAAAUCAUGGAAACCAAUCUGUGGCUGCGUCACAUAUGGAAUGAUUAUAAAUUGCGAUGGGACCCAACAGAAUACGAUGGCAUUGAGACUCUUCGUGUACCUGCUGAUAAGAUUUGGAAGCCUGACAUUGUCCUCUAUAACAAUGCCGUCGGUGACUUCCAAGUGGAAGGCAAAACAAAAGCUCUUCUUAAAUACGAUGGCAUGAUAACCUGGACUCCACCGGCUAUUUUCAAGAGUUCCUGCCCCAUGGAUAUCACCUUCUUCCCUUUCGAUCAUCAAAAUUGUUCCCUGAAAUUUGGUUCCUGGACAUAUGACAAAGCUGAGAUUGAUCUUCUAAUUAUCGGCUCUAAAGUGGAUAUGAAUGAUUUUUGGGAAAACAGUGAAUGGGAAAUUGUUGAUGCUUCAGGCUACAAGCAUGACAUAAAGUACAACUGCUGUGAAGAGAUUUACACAGAUAUAACCUACUCUUUUUACAUUAGAAGACUGCCAAUGUUUUACACUAUUAAUCUGAUAAUCCCCUGUCUCUUUAUUUCAUUUCUAACCGUGUUGGUCUUCUAUCUUCCUUCUGACUGUGGUGAGAAAGUGACUCUGUGCAUUUCUGUUCUGCUCUCUCUGACUGUGUUUCUGCUGGUCAUCACCGAGACCAUUCCGUCCACGUCUCUUGUGAUCCCGCUGGUGGGUGAGUACCUGCUGUUCACCAUGAUCUUUGUCACGUUGUCCAUCGUGGUGACCGUCUUUGUGUUGAACAUACACUAUCGCACUCCAACCACACACACAAUGCCCGAGUGGGUAAAGUCAGUUUUCCUUCAGCUGUUGCCACAGAUCCUGCUGAUGAGGAGGCCUCUGGACAAGAUGAAGGAGACGUGUUCUGAUAAAACCCCGAAGAGCAUUGUCAGUAAACCAGCCAACGCCAAGUUCACUAACCGCAGAGAGCCUGAUAUUAAAGAGUGUUGCCACUGCCAUAAAUCACGGGCAUCGACCACCAACAGCAAGAGAAGGUUAAGUCGGCAGCCUUUACAGUGGAUGGCUGAAAAUCCAGAGCACUCACCCGAAGUGGAAGAUGUGAUUAACAGUGUGCAGUUCAUUGCAGAUAACAUGAAGAACCAAAAUGAAACAAAGGAGGUAGAAGAUGAUUGGAAGUAUGUGGCCAUGGUGGUGGACAGAGUAUUCCUGUGGAUAUUUAUAAUUGUUUGUGUGUUUGGAACUGCAGGGCUAUUUCUACAGCCACUAGUUGGGAACACAGGGAAAUCUUAA